GGAUGAUGAACAGAUAAAAUAUCUACAUGCAUCUCAGCACAGAAAUUUGUUUUAGUUGGUUGUGUCAGUGAGCAUCACUGAAAAGCAGGAAUCUUGUCCUCUGAACCGGUUGGUGAAUAAAGAGAACAUGUCAAUGGAUUCUCCUCUUAAUAAAAGUUUUAUAAGAGCACCAACUAUCUUACUAAUGCUGUAUGUCUUAACACUUAACUUGGCCUUAACAACUGUUGCACAAGAGAAGACGACCCCAGUUGAUUAUAAUUCUUCUAACCCCUGCUUCAACUACACUGUGCUGGACAAUCCAUGGAGAGCCUCUAAUAGACAAUCUUAUGACCGCAUGUGUGACACUAUCACCUGGAGAGGCUGGUAUCGUCUCUUCCUUCGUGGCCUGAAUGUUAAAAUCUCAGACACUUGUGUAAUGAAGUAUCACUGUAGCACAGAUAUCCCACUGUGGAUACCUGAUGGACACCCAACAGUUGAGGAUGGAGUCGUCACUCGAGAUGUCUGUGGUAACUGGGACAAUUACUGUUGCUAUUACGGCUCUUACCCCAUUAAAGUCAAAGCUUGUCCAGGCAAUUAUUAUGUCUAUGAGCUGGUUAGUCCAACUGUGUGCUAUUCCGCAUACUGUGCAGAUGUUAGCAGCAUUAACACCAGCUCUUCAGCAGUCAUACCAGCGACUCUCUUAACUGAUUAUUAUUCUGCUGACCCCUGUUACAACUACACUGUGUUGGACGACCCAUGGAGAGCAAACAGCAGGCAAUUUUAUAAUUAUUAUUAUGAUAACUACUAUUACAACUACUACAAGUGUGACACCAGAGUCAGCUGGAGUGGCUGGUAUCGUCUCUUCAUUAACGAUGUGAGCGCUCACAUCCAAGACACCUGUGUUGCUCAGUACAGCUGUGGCACUGAUAUCCCAUUGUGGAUUCGUGGUGGACACCCAACAGUUGAGGAUGGAGUCGUCACUCGAGGUGUCUGUGGUAUUUGGAACAAUGACUGCUGCUAUUUUGGGUCUUACCCCAUUAAAGUCAAAGCCUGUCCAGGCAAUUAUUACGUCUAUGAGCUGGUUAGUCCAACUGUCUGCAGUUCAGCAUACUGUGCAGAUGUUAGCAGCAUUAACACCAGCUCUACAGCCGUCACAGCAGUGACCAUCUCCACUGAUUAUCAUUCUGCUGACCCCUGCAACAACUACAUUGUGCUGGACAAUCCAUGGAGAGCCUCUAACAGACAAUCUUAUGACCGCAUGUGUGACACUAUCACCUGGAGAGGCUGGUAUCGUCUCUUCCUUCAUGGCUUGAAUGUUCAAAUCUCAGACACUUGUGUUAUGAAGUAUCGCUGUAGCACUGAUAUCCCACUGUGGAUUCAUGGUGGACACCCAAGAAUUGAUGAUGGAGUCGUCACUCGAGAUGUCUGCGGUCACUGGGAAAAUUACUGCUGUUAUUACAGGUCUUACCCCAUUAAAGUCAAAGCUUGUCCAGGAAAUUAUUAUGUCUAUGAGCUGGUUAGUCCAACUAAAUGCAAUGCAGCAUACUGUGCAGAUGUUAGCAGCAUUAACACCAGCUCUUCAGCAGUCAUACCAGCGACUCUCUUAACUGAUUAUUAUUCUGCUGAUCCCUGUUACAACUACACUGUGCUGGACGAUCCAUGGAGAGCCAACGGCAGGCCAGAUUAUAAUUAUCACAACUACUACAAGUGUGACACCACAGUCACCUGGAGCGGCUGGUAUCGUCUCUUCAUUAACGGUGUGAGCGCUCAUAUCGCAGACACGUGUGUUGCUCAGUAUAGCUGUGGUACUAAUAUCCCACUGUGGAUUCGUGGUGGACACCCAACAGUUGAGGAUGGAGUCGUCACUCGAGAUGUCUGCAGUAACAAUGGCAUUUACUGCUGUUAUUACGGGUCUUACCCCAUUAAAGUCAAAGCCUGCCCUGGCAAUUAUUAUGUCUAUGAGCUGGUUAGACCAACUGUCUGCAGUUCAGCAUACUGUGCAGAUGUUAGCAGCAUUAACACCAGCUCUAUAGCCGUCACACCAACGACCAUCUCCACUGAUUAUCUCUCUGUCAACCCCUGCUUCAACUACACUGUGCUGGAUAAUUCAUGGAGAGCCACCAACAACAUAUAUUCCUCCCCCAUGUGUGACACCUCAGUCACCUGGAGAGGGUGGUAUCGUCUCCUUCUUAAUGGUCUGAGUGCUCAGAUCCCAGACACGUGUGUUCCAACAUACAGAUGUGACACUGCUGCCCCACUGUGGAUCCGUGGUGGACACCCAACAGUUGAGGAUGGAGUCGUCACUCGAGAUGUUUGUAGUCACUGGAGCAGUGACUGUUGCUAUUACACCUCUUUUCCCAUUAAAGUAAAAGCCUGUUCAGGAAAUUAUUAUGUCUAUGAGCUGGUUAGUCCAACCUUAUGUAAUUCAGCAUACUGUGCAGUUAUUAACAGCAUUACCACCAGCUCUACAGCCAUCACAACAGAGACCUUACCAACUGCUGUUACUAACAUCAGCAGUACCUCUACAACAGUAACACCAGAGAUGAGUUCAGCUGUUAUUAACAGCAUUACCACCAGCUCUACAGCCAUCACAACAGAGACCUUAUCAACUGCUGUUACUAACAUCAGCAGCACUGCUACAACAGUCACACCAGAGACGAGCUCAGCGGCUGUUACUGACAUCAGCAGCACUGAAAUGAAUGUCACACUAGAGAUGAGCUCAUCUGCUGUUACUAACAUCAGCAGUACCUCUACAACAGUAACACCAGAGAUGAGUUCAGCUGAUGUUAGCAGCAUUACCACCAGCUCUACAGCCAUCACAACAGAGACCUUAUCAACUGCUGUUACUAACAUCAGCAGCACUGCUACAACAGUCACACCAGAGACGAGCUCAGCUGCUGUUACUAACAUCAGCAGUACCUCUACAACAGUGACACCAGAGAUGAGUUCAGCUGUCAUUUCCAUAACAUCUGUCAAUCCAUCUACGACAGUCUUUUUACCACCAGUCACUUCCACAACAUCUACCAGUUCUACUUCUACAGCCUCUUUACAACCAGUCACAUCCACGACAUCUACCAGUCCCUCAACUGCAGCCUCUUUACAGCCGGUCACUUCCACAACAUCUGCCAGUUCAACAUUUACAGCCUCUUUACAGCCAUUCACUUCCACAAGAUCUACAAAUUUGACAUCUACUGUCUCUUUACAGCCGGUCAUUUUCACAACAUCUACAGGUUCAACAUCUACUGUUCCUCUACAGCCGGUCACUUCCACAACAUCUACCAGUCCCUCUACAGGUGAAGAUGAUGCAGGACUACACUUCUCUUUACAGCCAUUCACUUCCACAACAUCUUCUAUUUCAACAUCUACUGUUCCUCUACAGCCAGUCACUUCCACAACAUAUACCAGUUCUACUUCUACAGACACUUCCACAACAUCUACAAGUUCUACUACUACACUGGAGCAUGUUGCUGGACUGCACUCCUCUUUUCAACCAGUCACAGAACCUUCCACAACAUCUACCAGUCCCACUACUACAGUCUCUUUACAGCCGGUCCCUUCCACAACAUCUACCAGUCCCACUCCUACAGUCUCUUUACAGCCGGUCACUUCCACAACAUCUACCAGUCCCACUACAGUCUCUUUACAGCCACUCACUUCCACAACAUAUUCUAUUUCAACAUCUACUGUUCCUAUACAGCCAGUCACUUCCACAACAUCUACCAGUUCUACUUCUACAGACACUUCCACAACAUCUACAAGUUCUACUACUACACUAGAGCAUGUUGCUGGACUGCACUCCUCUUUUCAACCAGUCACAGAACCUUCCACAACAUCUACCAGUCCCACUACUACAGUCUCUUUACAGCCGGUCACUUCCACAACAUCUACCAGUCCCACUACAGUCUCUUUACAGCAGGUCACUUCCACAACAUCUUCUAUUUCAACAUCUACUGUUCCUAUACAGCCAGUCACUUCCACAACAUCUACCAGUUCCACUACUACAGUCUCUUUACAGCCGGUCACUUCCACAACAUCUACCAGUCCCACUACAGUCUCUUUACAGCCACUCACUUCCACAACAUCUUCUAUUUCAACAUCUACUGUUCCUCUACAGCCGGUCACUUCCACAACAUCUACCAGCCCCACUACUACAAUCUCUUUACAGCCGAUCACUUCCACAGCAUCUACAAUUUCUACUACUACAGUUUCUUUACAGCCAGUCACAUCUACACUUUCAACAUCUACAGCACUAGUCAUUUCUACAGAUCACCUACAGUCAUUUACUUCUACAGUUCCUCUACAAUCAGUCACUUCUACAACAUCUUCAAUUAAAGAUCUAAAUACCACAAUGCUGGAAGACUGUAAGAUCACAGGAAAAUGUGUAGAAAAUCUUCUUGGCCUGAUAGAAAACUCAACAGUUGAAGUGCUUCCUUUGAUCGAAGUGACAAAAAUUUUGGAUGUGGUCCUCAACGCUACAGAGAAGGUUGUAACCUCAUCAUCAUCUGACCCAAAUAAACUUGUGUCGGAUGGAAACCAUCUGUUAAAAGCCAGUGAGAAACUCGUUUCCAUGCUGGUGAGACCAACAAACACAAGUGACAAUGUAAAUUUUACACUUGACACUGUGGAGGGACAAGUCUUCAUGGUUGGACCACAGGUCACCUUAGAUAAAAUCCCUCGACUCGACACGUCAAAUUCUUCUGUGGACAUUGAUCUCAUUGGGAUUGCCAAGAACAACAAUAAAACAAGAUCAGCUGCUGUGGCUUUCAUGAGCUACAACAUGAUGGAGAAUCUACUGAAGCCAGAUUUCUUCAGCACACCAAAGGACACGAUUAAAACCAUGAUGUCCACUGUGAUCUCAGCUACUCUUCCCAAAACCACCAACACUACACUAACUAAACCAGUCAACUUCACCCUCAAACACAUCAGAGAGUUUGAUCCAAACGGUUCUCUGUCCUGUGUAUACUGGAAUAUCAAUGAGUGGAUUGUAGAUGGUUGUUCUGUUUUAACGACCACCAGCAGCUACACUGUGUGUUCCUGUGAACAUCUGUCGACAUUCGCUCUCAUCAUGCAAACCAGCCGCCCACCAAAGAGCAACUCACUAAUGGAGUUGUUGAAUUUGGUGUGUGUGAUCGUGGGGCUGGUGUUCUUCAGUUUGGCCCUGUUGACCUUUACCCUUUGUCGGUGGAGUCCUGGAGUGAAUAAUGUGGCUCGAAUCAACAUCUGCAUCAGUCUUCUGUUGGCUCACCUUCUGUUUCUGCUCACACAGCAGUUCCUGAGCCUCAUACGUCCUCUGCAGGUGCUGUGUGCCGUGAUCUCAGGCCUUCUGCAAUUCCUCUUUCUCUCCGGAUUUGUUUGGAUGUUCAUUGAAGCUGUGCUACUCUUCAUCUGCAUGGAGAACUUAUCACAGAUCAGCUCCAUUAAUAGGACGGUGCUUAGCAGAGAAUUCCUGUGUGUAAUGGGAUAUGUGGUUGCUCUGGUUGUUGUGGUUGUGUCUGUUGUGGUGGAUCCUAAAGGCUACGGAAGUGAAAUGUGCUGGAUAAAAAUAGACAAAGGCUUCAUCUCAAGUUUUCUUGGACCUGUUUGCAUGAUACUAACAACAAACACGAUUCUCUUCAUCAAGAUCGUCCUCACUCUGAACUCAACUCUCAAAAAUCUAAAUUCAGACAUUUCACAAAUAAAACAAACCAAGAUAAUGGCAUUUAAAACUCUGGCUCAGUUUGUGGUUCUUGGUUGCUCCUGGAUUCUGGGUUUCUUCACUAAUGACAGUGAGGUGUUGGAGAUCCUCUUCCUGAUCUUGAACUCCCAGCAGGGAACCUUCAUCUUCCUGAUCUACUGUGUCCUCAAUAAUGAGGUCAGGCAGCAGUACAGGAAGUUCUUCAGAUGUCUUUGCUGUGGACAAAAACAACAACAGUAUCUUCUUCAGAGAGAGAGAGAGAAAUAAAAAGUACUGCCAUUAUUAUUUCAGGUUGUUAAACUUACAUUAAAAAUAUACAACAGAAUCAAUAUUCGUCU